CUGGCUGCUAAUUUUCUUAGUCACGUUAGUGGCUGGUAGUUUGAGCUUGGUGCCAAGAUUUACUUUUUUUAAAAUACAAAUGUUGUAGCGUGAGCAUUGAGUAAACAGUUUGGUAAAUUUAUAGACAUCCAAAGUCAGGAAGAUGGUGUUUUUAACUGUAGCUUGUAUGAUAAGGAGUGGGGGACCUCCUAGAUACUGGAAACGUGCUAUGUAUAGACGUCUUGCGUGGCAUUACUUUGGGCGAAAACGGAACUGUUAUGGUAUUUCAAUCAGAUACGUUCGCCGAGCUUUACGCUACUCAAGUCAGGCCCGUGUCCUCAAGAAGAAACAAAUGAAAAAGUUGUGGGAGACUAGGAUCUCGGCCGCCUGUCAGGAACAUGGUGUUCUGUACGACAACUUUAUGACGACUCUUGCACAGUCAAAUAUUGCAUUAAACAGAAAAGUCCUGGCCGACAUUGCAAUAUAUGAACCAAGGUCUUUUCAGAGUCUGUGUCAAUUUUCCAAGAUGAAAUCCCGGGAAAUUGGGCUCGGAGCUGCCACUCUAGAAUGUCCAUCUGGAAUUAUAACACGGGAUAUGCUUCUUGAAGAGAAAACAAAGAAACAAUACAAAUAGUUCUAAACCUUUUGAAAGAAAUGCACUCAUGAAGUGUGCAUCAAAUGUGGACAUCAAAAUGUGCUGUGUUACUGUAAACUAACAUGAAAUGGUGCUGUUGAUUGGCAUACAGACAUUGUGUAGGAAUGAAUGUAUGUGGGUGUGGGUAAUUUUUGGCAUGCUUCCAUCAGUGAACUGUUCAAGCACGCCUGUUGUGGGCUCAACCUAUGACUUCGCCAGACAGGGAAAAAUAUGAAUAAAUGUAAAGUAACCAGUAUAUACUGUGUGUGUGUGCGCUCUUGCGUGCAUGUGUGUGCGCUUGUGUGCAUGUGUGUGUGUUUACUUCUAAUAUACAUACAUUAUAUGAUAAAGAAAUUUGAAAGUGCUUUUUAGUGGAUGUUUCAUUUUCACCAGAUAAAAGUUUUUGAGAAAA